CUGCUGGCUAGCUUUUACAGAAAGCUAACCUUGUGAUAGAAUAGCUUGAAGCUGGCAAAACUGAAGCAGAUUAAUUUAAACUUAAGAAUGAGCUUUUACUACCGACUGUGAUCGACAGUAUGCAUUUUAAAUUUACUUCGUAAAGUUUUCAUCUCAAUAGAGAUUAAGAUCACGUCAGGAAUGACGUCGACGUUAUUACUGUAGUCGAAGUUACGGCGUAACGUCAUAUCCCAGCCGCCGACGGCCCAAGGAAAGGUUAGUCACUAUGCACGACACUAUCUGGGACAUAAAGGAAGCAAUACAGCACGAGAAAACAGCUAAAGAAAACAUAGAAAAUUCGACUAAAAAGUGGAAAGAAAUCGUAUCUGAAAUUUCAACAGGAGUAACAAAUAUCAGUACCUCCAGUCAUGAAUGGAGAACAAGGUUUGAAUGCCAGUACCACUACAACAGGAUGUUAAUGAAACAUAUACAGCGCAUGCGCGGCGAGAUUAGAAUGCUGCGCAAUGGCAGACAAAUAGAACCAAAAUUUGGCGCUAUUGAGAAUUUGAAAACAAUUGGUGACUGGCGGAAACAAACACGAGAUUUGAAUGUGGAGAAAUGGUCAAUGAAAAGUUUACUGAACAUGUACGAGAGACAGUUGGACACGGAGUCAAUGGCAUACUACCAAGCACAUGAAGCCCUAUAUAAUCUCACAAACGAUGUUCGGAACACCUUUGCUACGAUGAUACACGAGCAGGAAAAGAAAGACAAUAACUUUAUCGUACCAAUUAAGAAAUCCCCGCGAAAGCUGAAACCAAUCGCCCAAGUCCCACCAAUCAAGGCAUUACCGCUUAUGGAUAAGGAGAAUCAUAGUUAUUCUUAUAUGCACCAACGUCAUCAUCUUGCAGAAUUAGACCGCCAACGUACAACAUUCUCUGGUCUCUUACCCGGGACUGGACAGGCUAACGAUUAAACACAAAAUAAAACAAGUCAUAAGGA